CUACAUUGAGCAUGCGCAUUUGCCAUUAAGACAUGGAGUGCGACGUGACGUUGAUGUUACUUGUAAUCUUUUUAUUUGUCGACGUAACAGAUGCAUCUCAAGAAAGGAAAGUGUAUACGAGUCCUCUGCGGGUCCAGCUGGAGGAUGGGAUAUUCAUGGAGAUACUGGAGCCAGAGAGCAUCAGGUUUACAUACAAACUGAGACCGGCCAAAAAUUUUGGAGGAGUUUUUAAUCAGAGUUUAGCUGGACUCCACCUCAUUCCCACCGACCCCAUCCAUGGAUGCAGCCCCCUCAAUAAACCUUAUCUAUUUGAAAACCAAGUAGCUUUAAUAGAGCGAGGAGAAUGCUCUUUCCUAACCAAAGCAAUACAUGCCCAGCAAGCUGGGGCAGUAGCUGCUGUGAUCACUGACAACCAACCAGACAAUGUGGAGAUGUAUAUUGAUAUGAUUGAAGAUGGAACAAACAGGGAUUCUGUCAUUCCUGUUUUAUUUUUGCUAGGAAAAAAUGGAUAUAUGAUCAGGAAAACAUUGCAGCAGGAACACUUAAUGAGUGCUAUUAUCAACAUUCCCGUGAACAUCACUGGUAUCCCAAUUAACAAGCUGAACCAGCCACCCUGGUCUUUAUGGUGAAAUCCUGUUGACAGUUAUAUUUUAAUUGGAGUAAAAACCAUUUUUCAUUUACUUUUUAAAAUCUCACAUGUUCAUGAAUUUGAAAACCUAUGCAUUAAUGAAUUUUUUGUGCAUUUAUGAAUUCAGAUAAUUGUACACAACUGUUCAUGAUUACUGGCAGCCAGUUUUACGUAUUUGUUUACCCACUUUUGAGUAAUCGCUGUUGAAUGACCCUUUAUCAUGAUAUAAGGAAGUUCUGUAACAUUUGGAUGCAUGCUACCUGGAAAAUGUUGACUCAGCAGAAAGGAUGUCUUAAAAAUGAGAAUUAUUUGUAUGGAGGCUGCUCAAUGUAUUAGUUAUGUAAUGGACGGCAAAAUUAUUUGACAUGCGAUUUGUAAAAAAAAAA